AUGAAUGUGAUAGACCACGUGCGGGACAUGGCGGCCGCGGGGCUGCACUCCAACCUGCGGCUCCUCAGCAGCCUGUUGCUCACCAUGAGCACUAACAACCCUGAGUUAUUCUCCCCAUCUCAGAAGUACCAGCUUUUAGUGUAUCAUGCAGAUUCGCUCUUUCAUGAUAAGGAAUAUCGGAAUGCUGUGAGCAAGUAUACCAUGGCUUUACAGCAGAAGAAAGCCUUAAGUAAAACCUCAAAAGUGCGACCUUCAACUGGCAAUUCUACAUCCACUCCACAGAGUCAGUGUCUUCCAUCUGAAAUUGAAGUGAAAUACAAAAUGGCUGAAUGUUACACAAUGCUAAAACAAGAUAAAGAUGCCAUUGCUAUCCUUGAUGGGAUCCCUUCAAGACAAAGAACUCCCAAAAUAAACAUGAUGCUGGCAAACUUGUAUAAGAAGGCUGGUCAGGAGCGCCCGUCAGUCACCAGCUAUAAGGAAGUGCUGAGACAGUGCCCAUUAGCCCUUGAUGCCAUUCUAGGUUUGCUGUCCCUAUCUGUAAAAGGUGCAGAGGUGGCAUCAAUGACAAUGAAUGUCAUCCAGACCGUGCCUAACUUGGACUGGCUCUCUGUGUGGAUCAAAGCAUAUGCUUUUGUGCAUACUGGUGACAACUCAAGAGCAAUCAAUACCAUCUGUUCACUAGAGAAAAAGUCGUUGUUACGAGAUAAUGUGGAUCUACCGGGAAGCUUAGCUGAUCUAUACUUCAGAGCUGGAGACAAUAAGAACUCUGUCCUCAAAUUUGAACAAGCACAGAUGUUGGAUCCUUAUCUAAUAAAAGGAAUGGAUGUGUAUGGCUACCUCCUGGCGCGAGAAGGGCGGCUGGAGGAUGUGGAGAAUCUUGGCUGCCGACUCUUCAAUAUUUCUGAUCAGCAUGCAGAACCCUGGGUGGUCUCGGGGUGUCAUAGCUUCUAUAGCAAGCGCUACUCUCGGGCCCUCUAUUUAGGAGCAAAGGCCAUUCAGCUGAACAGUAAUAGCGUUCAAGCUUUGCUGCUGAAGGGAGCAGCACUCAGGAACAUGGGCCGAGUCCAAGAAGCAAUAAUCCACUUUCGGGAGACGAUACGGCUUGCACCUUGUCGCUUAGACUGUUACGAAGGUCUCAUUGAAUGUUACUUAGCCUCAAACAGUAUUCGUGAAGCAAUGGUAAUGGCUAACAACGUUUACAAAACUCUAGGAGCGAAUGCACAAACCCUUACCCUUCUAGCCACUGUUUGUCUCGAAGACCCAGUGACACAGGAAAAAGCCAAAACUUUGUUAGAUAAAGCCCUGAACCAAAGGCCGGAUUACAUUAAGGCUGUGGUGAAAAAAAGCAGAACUGCUUAG